CUGCACUGUAUAAAGCUACCUGCCUUUCGCUCUUCAGUAGCCUGCCUAUUCCUACAAUAACGACACCAUAAAGACCUUGAAGGGUCCUUUCAGAGAAUAUACCCACAAAUGGGCAAUAAUAGUCCUUUAGUGUAAUUCACUGAUCUUUGCCAACCGACCCUCAUCCUCAAUCCUUUGUUGUUUUACAGCAUCACCAAACGCCAAGUAAAAAGGUUUCCCAUCUUCCAUCUUUGAGCGUUUUUGAAGGAAAGGUUGAAGAAAAUGGCAGCAAUUCCAUCUACCGGCUCUCUCAUCGCCACCCAUGAUUACUACAGAAGGCGCAUAGGAUCCACCUCUAGCAACAGCUCUUGUGGCAGUUCUGAGUACGCUGGCGAAGUCAUUCCACACCCCCCAGGUCUGCAGAGACAGGACUCUGGUCACUGGUGGUCUUCUUUCUUCUUUGCAAACAAACAGAACCAGCCUGGCAGCAUGGUUGGAUCUGAACAGAAGAGUGGAACAUACACGGUGAACAACGGUCGGGUGACUUGUAUUGCCAGGGAGAUGGUGUUGAAGAGGCAGCUCAGUGAAAGCACCGACUCUGGGAAGAUGGAACAUGGGAGCCCACCACCCUCCUAAUUCCUUCUCCUCAACACCCAACAUCCCACUCCUCACCACCCCAUGGAGAUGGAUGCAGCGGAGACUACUUUUUUUACCUUUUAGUGAUGGAGGCUGCUUUUCCUCCCUCUUUGUUUAUAAGUAAUAUAUUCUAUCUUUUUAUAAUUAAAGACUAAAAAAGACCAAAAAAAAUCCCCCCCCCCCCCCAGUGUCUGUCUGAUAUCAUGCUUUUUGCUGUUAAAUAAAUCAAAGUAUUUCAUACUUUUUUCUUGAAUUGUAUUAAAUAAGUCCCUAAAUGUUUUAUUUUCUAUAUUUUUUGUUAAUAUUUUGGUUUAUAUAAACUUUACACACAGAAAAGAUGAGGGCAGAAAUUGCUCUCUAGUUAUUUCACCUGAUUAGCCUAGUUAGUGAGAAAGUGUAGUUUAUAAUAACUGACUUUCUAUAACAAGCGUGAAUAUUCCUAUAACUCAUAGCCACUAUAUUGAACAUGUGAAGUGUCCAUGGCUCUGAUGAAAGGGGAUAGACAGACUUUAGAAGGAGCAGUUCUGGCAUCCACAAUAUGCAACCCGAUAACAAUCCUGAGAACUCCAUUGUCAGGUUUGUUCAUGUCAUUACUGAUGUGUAGAAUCUGUAUUACAACAUGCUGCUAGCCAGUGUUGAUGUACUUGCUGAAUGGAAUUAACACGGUUAGGCUGCAAUGUGAUUAGCAACAGCUAAUUGAUAAAGACGAUGGCUUAUAUAAUACAUUACACCUGUUCUGUUCUGAAAUAUAGAUCAACCACCUGUGGAACAUUCUGCGUUAUUGCAGUCAUUAACAUUGUUUCGCACAACCUCUUGGGGAUAAAAGUGAAUGUCAACUAUAUUUUUGAUACAGUCUUUCUAUGAUCUCAACAUAUUGGCAUGGUGGAGUCAACACCUAGUUAUAUCAACAAGGAUCCGAUAAAAUACACUUUCAGGAUUGUUCAUUAAAGCAUGGAGUUAAUGGGAAGAGUUUACUAGUUUUACACUGACUGAAGUCAUCAACAAUGUUUACUCCAGUUACUGUAGUUAACCAUUUAAUUGAACCUACUGUAUAGUUAUACAAGUUAUUCUCAUUGAGAUAAAAUCUAUUUAGCAAAAGAGACCUGUAGACAUGGCUCUUACAUACAGUGUCACGCCCUGACCUCUUUUUAUGUCUCUAUUUGGUUCGGUCAGGGUGUGAUUUGGGGUGGGCAUUCUAUGUUUUUGUUUUCUAUGAUUUUGUAUUUCUAUGUUUUGGCCGGGUAUGGUUCUCAAUCAGGGACAGCUGUCUAUCGUUGUCUCUGAUUGGGAACCAUACUUAGGCAGCCCUUUUCCCUCCUUUCUUUGUGGGAAGUUAACGUUGUUUGUGGCACUUAGCCUUAAGCUUCACGGUUGUUUUGUAUUGUUUAUUGUUUUUGUCGGCGUCAUCCUAAUAAAAAGGAAUA